ACUCGGGCAACACACCAGCUUUGGUACUUAAUUUUAUGAGUAUAGUAUAAAAAAUACGUCUAACUAUAAAUAAGAUUUCUAACGAACUUCAACGGUAAUCUGGAAGCUGGCGGGAAUUCAUGAAUACAGAAUGUCUCCAUUUCUCAUCUUUCUCUCUCCUAAAUUAAUCCGUUUCAUCUCAAAUUCAAACCCAAAAAUCCCUAAUUUCACCCCUAAAUUACCCUUUAAUUCAUCGUCAUUUUGCAAUCAAGCUAAAUUCGUAAUACCCAGGUUCCAAUUUCUUCAUUCUAUCUCCUGUCCGAUAAACCCUAACCCUAAUUUUUCAGAGAGGGAUUUCAAUACUCUCUGCACCAUCCUCAAAAAUCCCGAUUUUUUUACCAGUUCAGACUUUGAAAAUGCUCUUCAAGAAGCUAAAGUUGAACCCUCUUCGUCUUUAUUGCUGGCAAUCUUCAAGAAGUUUGAUUCGUCGCCGAAUCGGGUUUUCUCAGUCUUCAAAUGGUUAGAUAAUCAACCUGGGUAUCAUAUUUCUGCUCCAAUCUUUAAUUCAAUGGUAAAUAUCCUUGCAAAAUUAGGUGAAUUUAAGUGGGUAUUGAUGAUUAUGAUGGAUAAGAUUAAGAGGGGUGAUGGGUCUGAAUUAGUUUCUGCUGAAAAUUUAGGGGUUUUGAUUAGACAAUAUGCUCGUUUAGGUAAAGUAUUAAAUGCUAUUCAUGUGUUUGAUUUUGCUAAUACUUUGGAAAUUGAUGUGUUUGAAUUGUUGUUAAAUGCUUUGUGUAGACAUGGUCAUGUUAGGGUGGCUUCUGAUCUUAUAGACAGGAAAAUGUGUUUGGAUCCCAGUUGGGUUCCGUCGAUUACUGUGUAUAAUAUGCUACUCGAAGGGUGGUUUCGAGUGCAGAACAUAAAACAGGUGGAGCGGCUUUGGUUGCGAAUGAGGGGAGAGGAAUUGGUUCCGGAGGUUGUUACUUAUGGUAUAGUUGUUGAUGGUUAUUGUAAGAUGGGUUUAGUUGAUAGGGCACUAGAGCUAGUCGGUGACAUGAGGAAAGAUGGUGUUUCUCCUAACAAGGCGGUGUAUGAUCCUUUGGUGGAUGCAUUAGUAGAAGCAGGAAGGUUGAAGGAGGCCUUAGGGGUGUUGGAGAGGUUUCUAGUUCUAGAGGCAGGUCCAACUUUUUCGACCUAUAAUUCAUUGAUUAGAGGGUUUUGUAAGGCAGGGGAUCUCAUCGGGGCAGGUAAGAUUCUUAGGAUGAUGAUUAGUAGAGAUGUUGUGCCCACUGCUAUGACAUAUAACUGGUUCUUUAGGUAUUUCUUAAAACAUGGGAAAGUCGAAGAGGGACUGAAUCUGUAUAGAAAGAUGAUAGAGUCUGGUUAUGAGCCGGAUGGUCUGACAUUUCACUUGUUAUUUAAGAUGAUGUGUGAGGAAGAGAGGUUGGAAUUGGCUUUGCAAAUAAGGAAGGAUAUGAGGUCUAAGGGUUAUGUUUUAGACUCGGAUUUAAGCACUGUGUUGAUUGACUCGCUGUGUAAAAUGAAUAAAUUGGAGGAAGCAGUGGUGGAAUUUGAGGAAUUGAUCCAAAGAGGCCGUGUUCCCAAGUAUCUUACUUACCAGAAUCUGCAUUGUGAGCUCAAACAGAAGGGAUUACAUGACAUGGCUCUGAAAAUUUCGGAAUUAGUGGCUACUAUUCGGUCCUCAACAACUUUGCCAAAUGAAUUUGAAGCUGUGGACACCGUCCAUGAUAGGAGAAAAUCCAUCAUCCAAAAAGCCAAGGAUAUGUCCAAUGUACUGAAGAAAUGCUCAGACCGUGGGGGAUCAGCCAAUCGCGGAAGGUCUUGUAAGAUGUCUUCAGUCGGCAAGAGAAGAAAACUAAAGAAAUGCUGAAUUAAAUUUUGAAAUGUAAGGCUGGAUUUGCUUGUUACUUGUGUGUUAUAUUUCGAGCAUUCACUACUAUCUCGUUCCCAAAGAGGCAAACCUGAACUUUGUGUGAUAUACAGAUCUUUUCAAAUCGAGCAUGUCAAACAGUUCAAAAGCAGUGAAUUAUUACUUACAUAGAACCAAAGUUCAAUCCGGGAGAAAUACAAAGCAUCAUCACAUUGUUUUUCAUAAGCUAAGAGUGCUAAGUCAACAAAGGUGUAGUUUUUGGGAAAGGAAAUUAAGAAUGUUUAUAGGUAUUUGUCAUGCAAAGUAUAAAUGUACAAGAAAAUAUUAUUCAAGGGAAUAAAUGAAAUAAGCUAAAAGGUCUACUUUACUUAGAUGGCCUAGCCGGGGUGUUUGGUUUGUGGGAUAAAAAGGUGCGUGUUUUUUCCUGUUUGAUAUGGAGUAUGAGUUGGGAAUAAGAUUGAGAUAAAUGACAAAGUUGAUUAAAUAUCCGUGCAAUAUCGUGUCAUUCGUGUGCAUGGUCAAGCGGUUCUAGCCUGUAUUUGCAUAUUUGCAUGAUACAAAUGAUUCCAAUAAUUUCAUUUUUCAUGGGGAAACAAAACGGUAAAAAGGCUAAAAACUUUUGGAAUUUCAAAAACACCCAUUCCCUAUAAAUUCCAUUCAUGGCUCAACUUCUAUAAACCCAAUCACUUUCUACAUAUCUCACCUUGACUCUUCCAUAUAAGAGCAAGGUUUUGCUGCACUUUACUUGGAACCACGAGUAGACGGCCUCGGUGCCGACUGGGGACGGCCUCAGCAGCACCGCCCACUGGCACUGCCUCUUAACUCUUAAGGACUAAGCUCAAUUCUGUCUUCAUCUGUGAGUAUCACUCAGUAUUAUUACCUUUGGUUCUGGUUUGUGAUAAUGGCUAAUACUCCUUCGGCUCCCUAUUUGCCUUACCAUGCUACUGAUCUUGCUCCUGAGCUGCGCCGAAUUUUGGAGCCUCUUCGAGUUCAGACCUUCCAGAUUGAUGGCUGGACUAAAGAGGAGCUGAUCCAGAGCUUCCUUACUGUCAAGGGUUUCAUUAAGGCCGUUGAACACUUUACUCUGAUUCCUGAUGAGUCUGUGCGACGUUGUGCUCACGGCUAUCACCAAGAAGAAUAUGUUCCGGUCUGCUGACUUGUGCACCUGCAGACAGUUUUACCGGUUUUGCAUUUGGUUAAAGACUUCAGAAGGUAGGGAUGUUCUGAAUGCUGCAUGGAACACUCGCAAGCUCGAGAAGCAAGCCCGUCCUGGAAAAUCUGUAGUCGAUGUUGCCCAGCUUAAGCAGGCCGUCAAGGAGGCUAAGGCCAAGUGUAAUGCUAAAAUUCUAGAGCUUCAGAAGCUGUUCGAUUCUAUGGAGGAUGAACUCCACAACACACCUAUUUUUUAGCAUCUUUCUUGCAUCUAUGUUUUGGUUAUUACUACAAGUAGAUAUUUGAAUGGUAGUAACGAAAAGACUCGAGAAAUUGUAAAUUAUGUUUUGGUGUUACGACUUUUUCAUUGCAAUUAUUCUUGUGUUUAUGGUUCUUUUUUUAAAGUUAAAAUUAAGUUCAAUUAUUGACAUAAACU